CUCAGACGCGGCCAGUCUGGUCCACGCGGUGAGGGCGGGUGGAUCAGCGAGUCGGGCAAGUGGUACCUACGUCGGGAGUUUUCUUUGAUCGACUGUUUUGAGUUUUUGUCGUGGCUUUAACCGAAGUGGUGAGAGACCUAUCAUAAUGGCUGACUACCUGAUCUGCGGAGGGACGAGCUACGUGCCUGAGGACGGCAACACCGGGGCUCAGAUGUUCGCCACGGGGGAAGGCCUCACCUACCAUGAUUUCAUUAUCCUCCCUGGCUUCAUUGACUUCACUGCAGAAGAAGUGGACCUGACCUCGGCACUGACCAAGAAGAUCACCCUCAAGGCCCCUCUGGUUUCCUCCCCAAUGGACACAGUCACGGAGUCUGAAAUGGCGAUAGCUAUGGCACUGUGUGGUGGCAUUGGCAUCAUCCACCACAACUGUACACCGGAGAUCCAGGCCCAGGAGGUGAUGAAGGUCAAGAAAUACAAACAUGGGUUCAUUCGUGACCCCGUCUGCCUCACCUCCAAUCACAGAGUAACGGAUGUUUUUGAUGUGAAGAAGCGUCACGGAUUUGGUGGCAUCCCGAUCACAGAGGAUGGCAAGAUGGGCAGCCGACUCAUGGGUAUCGUCACCUCCCGAGACAUUGACUUCCUGGAGCCUAACUCUGACAAGCUGCUCUCAGAGAUCAUGACCCCCUUUGAUGACCUGGUGGCUGCCCCAGCUGGAGUCAGCUUGGACAAGGCUAACGAGAUACUGCAGCGCUCCAAGAAAGGAAAGUUGCCAAUCAUCAACGAACAGUCUGAGUUGGUGGCCCUCAUAGCCCGCACUGAUCUCAAGAAGUCCAGGAAUUUCCCCAAUGCUUCCUAUGAUGCCAACAAUCAGCUGUUGGUGGGAGCAGCCAUUGGAACCCGAGAAUCUGACAAAAAGAGGCUGGAGCUGCUGGUUAAUGCAGGAGUGGAUGUGGUGGUCUUGGACUCUUCACAGGGCAACUCCAUAUACCAAAUCAAUUUGAUACGUUACAUAAAGAGUACCUAUCCAGAGCUACAGAUCAUCGGCGGCAACGUGGUGACGGCGGCUCAGGCCAAGAACCUGAUAGACGCAGGAGUGGAUGGCCUGAGGGUUGGCAUGGGUGCCGGCUCCAUAUGCAUCACACAGGAGGUCAUGGCAGUUGGCAGGCCUCAGGCCACUGCUGUAUAUAAGGUUGCAGAAUAUGCACGAAGAUUUGGUGUGCCUGUGAUAGCUGAUGGAGGGAUCAGCUCGGUGGGCCACAUCAUCAAGGCUCUGUCCCUCGGGGCAUCAACAGUAAUGAUGGGCUCCAUGCUGGCGGGGACAUCGGAGGCACCUGGCGAGUACUUCUUCAGCAACGGCGUGCGACUCAAGAAGUACCGCGGCAUGGGCUCCCUGGAAGCAAUGGAGUGCAAGGGCAACCACGGAGGUGCUGCUGACCGAUACUUCCAUGGGGAGGGAGACUCCGUCAAGGUGGCGCAGGGGGUGAGUGGCUCCAUCGUGGACAAGGGCUCCAUCCUGCGGUUCCUGCCUUACCUUGUGUGUGGCAUCCAGCAUGGGUGUCAGGACAUCGGCUCCAAGUCCUGCUCAAUGCUCAGGGCCAUGCUGUAUAGUGGCGAGCUGAAACUUGAGCGCCGCACAAUUUCUGCUCAGAAAGAGGGUACCGUCCACAACUUGUACUCCUUUGAGAAGAGGCUGUACUAACCGACCUUGGACUCGAGUGUUGUGUCGUGGCUCGUGCUGUUCUGUGACUGACCUGCGUGUUAGGCUGCAGUCAGUGUGUUCUGUGACCAAUGUGUUCCUCUGUCUGCCACUCACUGGGUGUUCGUCUGAUAGAUUCACUCGUGUUGACGCAUUUGAAGGACAUCAUUUGUAUACACCAGUCUCUCUUAUCUGAAGUAUUUAAUUCCAUAAAUUUGUUGAAUAUGGAAGUGUUGGUAAAGGUUCCAUUUGCCCAAAUCAUAGGCACUUGAUGCUAAAGGAUGCACUGUGUUUUCACCCUUGUAGUGAUAUAUAGAGUUAUCCCUUUAUAGCUACUUAUCAUUAUAUUUACCAAAUUCUUUGGGGGGGAAUCUGGAGCUGCCCUGUGUAGGCCAUUCGCCCUCGUGCAGUCUCCCUAUGUUCUUAUGAUGAGUGAUGGCUUUGAAAAUGAUGGUGAUGGUGCUUGCCUGACAUGCAAACUUUUCAGUUCAGCUUUCAGAGAUAGCAUUUUCCAUCAAAAGUUUAUUGUGUAAAAAUUUAUGUAAGAAUAACAAACGUAUAGUAGGUACACAAACCUAACUAUGCCUGCAGCAUCCUGUGACAAAGCAGAAUAAAUCAAUAACUGCAGAAAUGGUCUGGAUAAAGAUAACUACUUGAUUAGGAAGUAAGGAAUUAAAUUUCAUCAAAAGCCUUUGAUGAUGAUGAUACAGGAUCUUGAUUUUGAUAGGUUGGAGGGUACUUACAUUAGCAGGUUGGGUGACCUCGAUAAUGGAUGAGAGUACAAGCUUCAGGAAGUUUGUGAGCUACACUGUUUGGUUAUUUUGAUAGAUACUGAAUGCUAGAGCAAAAUCCAUGACCUAUUAAGAUAUCAUCAUUAUGCUUUAUGUAUAAUUUGCCUUAUAGAAAAUGAUUGUUCUUUGUGUAUAUCUUCAUGAUAUUCAACCAAGAAUUUUGAGGAUAAGUAAGCUCUUGUUUGUGCCAACCUGAUGGCUGGCGUGGGUUUGAUACUUAUAUUUAAAGUCUUGCAGGGAGUUCAAUUGUCAUAAGGCAUUUUGCACAUACUUUUGAUAUCAUUUCUUUUCAUUGAUGUUUUUUCAUUAUGAUGCUUGAAGGUUAAAAGUAGUUACUUGUUCAUGUAUGUCAUGGCAGGGUGAACUAUUGUUAGCUAUAAUAUCCAUUCCAGGUGGUGCUGCAGUACUGUACCUCUUAAUAGGUCAUUCCAAUUUCUUUUCAGUAUUGACCAAGUUGCAGAUGCUCACUUUACCAUGUUAACUGAAUGGUUCAGGAGACCCUUUCUGGUUAUUUUAAUAUGAAUGAUUGAUUCUGGCAUCACGCACCAACUCUACUCCUGUGCAUAACUUCAUAAACUAGCUUUGGAAAAAAAUUCACUGACAUCAUACAAUAUUGUGUUAAAAAGGAGCUCCGCAGCAAAAAAUGACAAUACGUACUACAAUAUUCAGCUAAGAAGUCCAGGAGCAUAAAAUGACAAUACCAUGAUAGUGAGUUAGAAAGGAGGUUAGAAGCAUAAAAAUGGAAGUACACACACUGUCUUGUUGCACUAAGUUUUUGAUGAAGUGAGCAUCGGCAUGUCAGUUGAUCAUGGUUUAUGCUUGGAGGUUAUUUUAAGCCUUAGGUACUUUAUAUGAAACAUGAUUACCUCAGAUGGACAAUAUAGUAGAAUGUAAUCGUAUGGACAUAUGUUCUUGAAGGAAGGUAUUCAUUCAAAGAUACUGAUAGGCUAUAUAUUUUUACCUUUUUUCAGUUGAAUUUUUAAUUAACUUCAGGCUUUUAGUGUGGCUCCAAGAUAUUUUACUGAGACAUGGAAUGAUAUUCUCACAUUACCUGUAGCUUUGUAAUCAACAAGGAGGAACUACAGCAUGUCUGAGGUCUUCUUCGACUUGAUUUUCUUUCCGUACGAGAUCUGGCUAUCAGUAAUAUGAGAGAACUUUCAUUAGGAUGAGAAUAUCAGUAGAGUUAAGUGAGGGACGUGAUGCCAAUCACUAGUUUAAUGGUGUGACAUGUUUGUUUACAGAUCCAUGAUGUAUGCAGGUGAACUCAAGUUUGAAAAGCGCACAUUAUCA